UAGAAUAAAGAUUAGACCGCAGUCGCCAGUCACAGUGUAGUGUACUAGAGUGUGUGCACGCUUGUUCGUGUGGAAGCGUGUGACAAAAUAUUCGUUUCGUAAUCAAAAUUAGUAUUGAAGUAUAUUAUAAUUUGACUACCUGUCCUAUAUAGACGGUAGUCCAGUUCACCGUUUUCGCUUGUCGGUAUGAAGUGGUGAAACCUGAAUACUUCUCGAGGUUCUCUCGAAUUUUUUAUAUUUCUAUACGGUGACUAGUUUGAAAGGCACAUAUCGGCGCAAUGUCCAGCAAAAAUGUGAAGAGCACUAGGGUUGAGUCCGAAUUGGCCGGAUGUCGAGAAGAAGGAAAUUGGUCUAAGAUAUUGGAGCUCGUCGAACAGUUGUCUUCUGGAAAAGCAAUGCUGUACAACUUAAUGGUUGGUGAAGCAAAGUUAGAAAUGUUUUUAGAAGAAAACCCUCCUAUUGAAAGUAACAUUGCAAAAGCUUGUGGUGGUCUUACUGAAGCCAAAUCAUACUUAACCGAAUCAAUUAGUGAGCUUUCUACACAAUCCGGCUUGAGUAUUGAUAGCCAUAUGUUGCUUGCUAAAUUGUGUUACGCUUGUGGUCAUUAUGACAAAGCAAUGGAACAUUGUACAGAAGCCAAGUUAAACUCAAUAAUACAAACAGAUUUACAAAUCCGUAACAUAAGGAUAUUGUCUGAGUCAUUUGCAAUAAAAGGCUUGUGCCAAGAAAAGUUAAGACCAUCUUCCAGUUCUCGUUUUAAAAAAACAGAAUGGAUUGAAGGUGUUAUUAAAAACUAUGAGCAAGCAGCCAAUUUAGGCAUUUUGUAUUUACAAGAACUGGACAACAAAGAAAAUCAGCUCAUAUUGCCAUCACCACUUGGUGGUAAUGCACCAUUGAUUACAAAUAGCAAUUCUACAUCUGCUACAGGUUCUCAUUCUCCACAGCCUGUGAACAUGACACAUUCUCUGAGUAUCUUAGUAGAGACAGCUAUCUUGAGAUUGCCUCUGUUGCUUAUUGAGAGUUCAAAUUAUGCUGGUGCCAUAACAACAUUCAGGAGUAUAUUAUCAUCUUGUGAAGCUCAUGGAAGUCAUUCCAUUAGACUUAUUUUAACAUAUCAAUUUGCUGAAUUUCUUUUACGCAAAGUUUCUCCAAAAUACUAUUCACUUCCAACUCAAAGUACUCCCUCUAAAAAACAGUUAUCAAAUAUAAGAAAACCAAAAAAAUAUAAUUCUAUUAACAUGUUCAUGCCCAGAAGUGAACAUGAAGAAGUAAUAUUGUUGCUCAUUAUAAGUGAAGCAAUGGCAGCAAGAAAUGCAGUAUUGAGUCAGUCUCCAGAAUUCAAGGAAGCAAGAAUUAGAGCUUUUAGUUUGGCCACAGCCAUUUAUGAUCUGCUAACCUUUGCAUUAGUCCUUUGGGGUCAAUAUAAUAUGUUGUAUGAGUCUUUUGAACGUGCAAUGAAAUUUUCUGCUGAUGAUGCUCAUGUUUGGAUGCAACAAGCUUUAUGUCUUGAAGCUGCUGGUCGUCAUAUUAAAGCUUUGGAAGUAUUAACUCAAGUCAUAUAUAUGCAGCCCAAAGCAAUAGUUCCAUGUUUAUUAGCUGCUCGUAUUUGUUAUCAACAUUUAUUUAAGAUGGAAGAAGGAUUAAGUUGGAGUCAAGAAGCUCUUAAAAGAGAAAAAAUGCAUUCAGAGAAUUUACUAUCAAGAUGUAAUCUAUACAUAGGCAUUGGAGCACAGUGUAUGGCGUUGACUUCGUUUUUGAAAUCAGUUAAAGAUAAAUAUCAUGCCCUAUGCCUCGAAUCUCUUACAAAAGCACAACAAUUAGAUCCCAAUGAUCAUCUGGUUUAUUAUUAUUUGGCAUUUUAUUAUGCUUGUUUGGCUAAAGUGCCUGAAGCUACUACUAAAGUACGCCAAGCAUUAACAUUGAAUCCUGAACAUACACCAUCAUUACAGUUAGCUAUCUUAUUGUUGAGUGCUCAGAAAAAAAUAAACGAAGCCAAAUCACUUUUAGAAUCAUCUUUGGAAGACUUUCCUGAUCAUAUUGGUUUAUUAUUCAUCAGAGCCAGGAUCGAAUUGCAGACAGAAGCUUCUGAUGUUGCACUUGUGACAGCUAAACACAUGCUUUCUAUGUGCAAAGCUUCUUCUGCCAGCAACGAAGGUUCUCCUUCUAUAGAACAUACUGAUACUCGUAGUAUUUUUCAACUUUACACUACUGAACUCUCAGACAAAGAUUCAAAUUCUUUGGGGCCAGCGCGUAUUGAACAAGCCUUAUCAGAAGUAGUAUCAUCUAUUAGUUCACUGGUACCCCAGCGACCUGUGACCAAUACGGUGUGGCACACACAGCAAAACGUUUGGUUACUUUUAGCAGAGGUAUACUUGUCCCAAGAACAAUUUGAUUCAGCAAAUAAUUGUUUAUUGGAAGCAGCCAGUAUUUUUCCAUUAUCACAUCACAUCAUGUUUAUGAGAGGAUUAUUUCAUGAAAAAAGAAACGAAUUCAAUGAAGCAAAACAAUGCUAUCAAAAUGCAGUAACAGUUCAUCCGGCUCAUUUGAAAAGCUUACAACAUUUGGGUUUGAUGUACCAUUAUCUGGGUAGCCAUAGAUUGGCUGAAAAAACAUUAAGAGAUGCUGCAAAAAUAAAUCCUUAUGCUCCAGAAACGUGGUAUAAUUUGGGAAAAGUUUUGGAGAGUUUAGGAGAGACUGACAGUGCCACGGACAGUAUGGCUACUGCUCUGCAAGUAGAAAUGGUCUGUCCAAUAAUGCAAUACACAAGCAUUCCUUUACCAUUUGAUUAAGACUAUUGUUUUUUUUUUUUAUAAUUAUUAUUUUUAAACUGUAUGGGUUACCUAGUAGACAAAAAGUAAUUUAAAAAAAAAAGGAAGGGGUUACUGGUUACCAUGUGCUAUUAUUUAUUAAACAAGUUGACAUACUUGUUAGUUGGCAGUAUUAAAUUAUUAUAGAUUAUAGCUUUACUUAUUAUUUGUCGUAUUUGGUUAUGCUUGUUUGUUAUUUGAUCAAAUUCUUUGUUGUUUAUUAAUAAAUGUAGCAGUUUUAACUUUUAUUAAA